AUGAAGACUAUAGCAGUAGUCUGGAUGAUAUUUCUGGUGAGGCUAUGCCACUGUGGAGAUGACAAAGGUGAAGCUUCAGGCGUAGACUCUGCAGAGCCAUCACCUGCUAAGGCAAGUGGAAACGAAAAUACCGAAAAGUGUGUGAGAUAUUCUUUAACUCUAUCCGAGGGAAGUACCCAAGAAGACUACACUCCUUCAUUUACUCUCGAUAUCACGGACCCCUAUCAAGAUUCCACAUUCUGCAGAUAUCACAGGUGCAACUACGACGGAAACGAUAUCGUAUUUAUAGUUCCAAACAAUGAUAUAUCUUUGGAAAAAGUCACUUACGGAAAGGGUAGAGCUUGGACACCUCAUCCAGAUGAAAAGUUUGACUAUGUCAAGUUAUUCCUAAAAGGUGGAGAGGCCUAUCUCAUAUCUAUAGUAAGUAAAACUACAACAGGUCCAAGUUGCAAGUGGUUUGCAAGACGUGGAGACGUUUGGGAAGGUUGCGGGAGAACAUUCCGUGAAGAAGUUGAUAAUUUGAAAGUCCCAGUGACACGUGAGAUGGGCUUUGUACUAAAUAUCGAAGAGGAUAAGGAUACCAAAGAGUGUGCAAUAUUUGACGCUAGAUUACUUAUGUCCAACAUGAGGCUUUUCUUCUCAAAGCCUGGCUAUUUUGCUACUGAAAUUAGAGACGGAGACAAACUAAUGUGGAAGAGAGAUGAAAACAGUAAUGCUAUCUGUUUGUCUUGUGACUUACAUUACAAAAAAGGUGGACCUUCUAUUUCCGUUAUAACGUUUGUAGAAGGAGGAGAGAUGAAAUAUGGAUAUUUUGAGAAAAAGGAUGGAGAAUGGAGGCCCAUUACUUCUGAGAGAUUUGAUAAAAAGGUUGAACAGGCAAGAAAUACCAGACGUGGUAGUAUUAGCACAUUCGGAUCCAUUUCUGGUCAGAAUGCAUUAAAAAACUUGAGGAGUGGGAUAAGAUCGGGCUGGAAUGAUCUCACAAGCAAACUAUCAUCGAAGGGCACCAUGACAAUGUAUGUUGAAAGAUUGAGAAAAUUAAAGACGUCAAGCGGUUCUGCAGGAGAAGCUGAUGCAGGGGAACAAAACACAGAAAAUGAUGCCUGUGCUUCUGCACAAGACUUUACGGAACAGAAUAAACGUUCAAGCAAAUAUGGAGAUUUUGAAGCUCCAGAAUCUCCACAGUCUCCCUCUACCGACAGUUCUGUAGAAAAAGAUACUAGGCCAAAGGAAAGACCUAUGGGUAAACCAGCUCCAAUAGCCAAGCCAAAAAGAAAUCCACGGAAUAUUAAGAAAUCUAAAUCCCUCCGGAAUUCUGAUGAAGUAUUUACCUUCUCAACCUUUUGCAUUGACAUUUCCAUUCAGAACGAGGCAAUAUAUAACUCAUUUUACUACCAUUGUGAGGGUGUUCAAACCGUAUUUGUUCUUCCAAGAGAAGGAAUUAAAGUUACAAGGAUUGUGAAUGCAGAGGAAGAAGUAUGGAUGGCUAAACCUGGUGAAAUCCUUGAAUAUGCCAAACUUUACCUCAAUGAACUUUGCAAACAUGAGUUCACAUUUGUCGCGAGCAGCGUUUCCAACACACUAAACAAGAGGAAUUAUGAACGCAAAGAUGAUAGAUGGGAAGAGAUGCCAGAUUUAUGCCUCGAAAAAAUGAAAUCUAUAACAGAAGAUAAUACCGCUGAACAGAUUACUAUUGACAUUGAGGAUGAAAAUGAUACUGACCAGUGCACAAUAUUUGAGACUUCACUGCUCCAUGUUUCUUUCCGUUCCUAUAUUCCAAAGGAUAGCUAUUGCGCCACUGAGGUUGUACACGGGCAAACUACUCUAUGGAAGGCUGAAAGCAGCAAUGAUAAAUGUCAGUUAUCUACUGCGUACCUUAAAGAAGGAUCACUAUCUCUUCUUGUCAUUACAAUAAACAAUGCACAAGAGAAAACUCAAAGAUACUUUGAGAAGGACGAGAACGGAUGGAAGAGUAUAGACAAGGAAACAUUUGACAAGAAGAGAGAUGAGCUUACACAAUAUGAAAAAACCAUAGCCAAAAGUCUAUAG